AUGGGUAUUGAACGACAGAAGAUCACCAUCCUAUAUGGAUCGGAAACAGGGAAUGCGCAAGAUUAUGCACAUUAUUUAUCGAAAAGGUUGAGAUAUUACCAAGUCCAAACUGUGCUUUCAACAUUAGAUGAUUUUGAAUUGAAACGGUUGGUCACAGAUGUUGAGUAUUUGAUUAUUAUAUGUUCAACAACUGGCCAAGGCGAACUUCCCAGGAAUGCUAAGAAGUUCAUGCAGUUCAUUCUUCGAAAGAAGUUACCUAACGACUUAUUUGAUCACAUUUCAUUGACCACAUUUGGAUUAGGAGAUUCUUCGUAUCCCAAAUUCAACUAUGGUAUCAAAAAGAUUCAUACUCGUAUGAAGCAAUUAGGUUGUCAAGAAUUAAGUCCAAGUAGUGAAGCAGAUGAGUUAUCAGCAGAAGGCAUUGAUGGCUAUUACAAGAUUUGGGAAGAAGAAUUGUUAGCAUCAAUUCAACGUCAUAUUCCAGAUGCAAUUUCUGUUGAUGAUGAGAUUUUACUUGAGCCUGAAUUCAAAGUUCAAAUAGCUCAAGAUUCACCAGAAGUUGUUACCAAAGGUAAUGCAAAAGAAACCUCUCUUUCGAGAAAUUCUAGUGUCAAAGAUGAUAUGGCAAAUGAAGUCCUUCAAGGAACUAUAUUAGUCAAGGAAAGAGUUACUUCUGAAAACCACUUUCAAGAUGUACGCAGAGUUGUCAUUCAUAGUGAUACUGAAAUCUCGUAUGCUCCAGGUGAUACAAUUGCAUUAUACCCUUCUAAUUCUGAAGAAGAUGUCGAAGCUCUUUUGAAAUCUCAAUCUCAUUGGAUUCCUCUCGCUGAUAAGCCACUCUCUAUUAGUGGCAAUCUUUUUGGUGUUCAAGGAGGUAUAAUUAAAGAUCUCACGUUGAGAAACUUGCUCACUCAUCAUUUGGAUUUAUCUCAAGUACCUACAAGAUCUUUUUUCUUUACGUUGUGGCAUUUCAUUGAUGGCCUGACGGAAGAUGGAGAAAGAGAAAAGGAAAGAGCCAAAGAAUUCUCCAACAUAAAUGAAAGUGAAGAACUAUACAAUUACGCAAAUCGACCAAGAAGACUGGUUUUAGAAACACUUCUUGAGUUUGAAAAUAAUUUAGAGAUUCCCGUGGAAUACAUCCUUGACUUAUUUUCCUUUAUUAAGCCAAGAUUAUUUCUGAUUGCUUCUUGUCCAAGUAAACAUGAAGUUGAAUUGGUUAUUGCUUUAGUGGAGUAUAAGACCAUUAUGCGGAAGACUAGAAAGGGACUUUGCUCGACGUGGUUGAAAUCUCUAGACGAAGGAGAUAAAAUAGUAUUUUCAGUUCAUGCUUCUAAUAUGCACUUCCCUAAAGAUAAACCCAUUAUAUUGGCAGCAACAGGUACAGGUAUAGCACCCAUGAAGUCUCUCGUAGAGAAUCUGGUUGAAGAGAAAUAUCCACAAAACCUAUAUCUAUUUUAUGGAUGUAGGUAUCUGGAUAAAGAUUAUCUCUUCCGUCUGGUAUGGGAUCGAACUGAAGAUCUUAAAAAUUUCUCAGUGUUCUCCAGGGAAGCCACUAAUAACGUGAAAUAUAUUCAACAUAAGCUCUAUGAACAGGCAAAGCUUGUUGGGGACUUAAUAUUGAACCAAGAUGCAACUUUCUAUCUUUGUGGGUCGAAUGGUAAAAUGCCACGUGAAGUACGAAUUACUUUGGUAGAAAUUUUAAAACUAGUGGAUAACAUGACUGAAGAAGAAGCCGAGAAGUACUUGUUUGUUAUGGAAAGCAAAGGUCGCUAUUUACAAGAAACCUGGUAA